GCUUUUUUAACUUUCUCUUCUUUUUCUUUCGUUUUUCUUUCCCUUUUUCUUUUUCUCAGCCGCUCGCUGAGAUUUGCUUGUGUUCGUUUCGCUGCGACCAAUCAGACAACUCGCCCAAGCCAUGCCGACGACCUCCUCCACUGCCACCCGAUCAGCAGGCACCACCAGCACCACCAGCACCACCAGCACAAGCACGACCAACGGCAAGCACGCCACGUCCUCGAACGCGGGCUCAAACACCAACACCAACAACAACAGAGCAAUCACCCCAAAGCAAUCGCAGCUCGCAUGGGCGCUGGCCAUCGCGCAGUUCCUGUCGCUGGGCGGCUACUGGCUGAUGCGCCCGCUCAAGAUGGGCAUCUUUGUGCAGGUGGUUGGCCUCGAGCACGAGCCGCGCGCCAAACUCGGCACGGUGCUGCUGCUCGUCCCGCUGCUCGUCCUGUACAACCGCCUCGCCGCGCGCACCGACGACAUCCGCCUCGUCGUCAAGAUUGUCAUUGGCACGUAUGCAACCAUGUUUGCGCUCAUUGGCGCCCUGCUGUUUGUUCCGUCCGUCGGGUUUCUCCACGAUCCCAACGCCAAGGCCGGAACGCACGUCGUCAAGGAGAGCACGCUCGGCUGGUGCGUCGGAUGGAUUACCUACUGGACCAUUGAGACAUUUGGGUCGAUCGUCAUGCCAAUGUUCUGGUCGGUCGUCGCAUCCGUCACGACAGAUCACGCUCCGUUCGUCUUCUCGCGGGUCAACACGGUCAUGCAGUUGGGCGCUGUGCUCGGCGCAACGCUCGCCACGUAUGCCAAGGAGCUGGGCAUCCCGCAGCUCUGCUUCUUCCAAGUCGUCGUGCUGGGUGCCGUGCUGCUCGCGUCGCGCCAGGCAUUUUUACUGUCGGACGAAAUCCAGGACGAAGCUGAGCUGGCCAAACGCAAAAAGGAAGACGCCUCAGCUCCCACCAAUGCUACCAACGCGCCGCACGCUCACCACGUCCCCAAGGAAACGUCGACCGAUCUCACCACGGGUCUGCGGCUGGUUUUCACGCAUCCGUACGUUGCCAGCUUGCUUGUCAUCUCGACUGCGGCCGAGGUCGUCUCCACCGUCAUGGACUACCAACUCAAGGUCCUUGCUCAGAACGAGUACCAGACCCCCGAAGAAAUGACCCUCCUCAUGGGCCGCUUUGGGCAAGCCGUCAAUGGUGUUUCGCUGCUCUUUGCCCUUUUUGGCUCGCGCGCCGUCAUGGAACGCUUUGGCAUUCGCUUCUGUCUCAUCGCCUUCCCCGUUUGCACCCUGCUUCUCGUUGGGUCCGUUUUCAUCCGCCCGACGCUUGGCGUUGUCUUUUUCGGCAUGGUGGCCAUCAAGGCUCUUGGCUAUUCGCUCAACGCCCCUUCGAAAGAAAUGCUUUACCGUACCACGAGCAAAGACAUUAAAAUGCAGGCCAAGAGUUGGAUUGACAUGUUUGGCUCGCGCAACGCAAAAGCGCUCGGCUCGCUCGUCACAGAGUUGCUCAAGCACAAUGCAACCGAGCUCUUCCGUGUUGGCUCGCUCUUCUCGGGAGGCUUGUCGUUGAUUUGGCUGCUGGCUGCCGAGUACCUCGGUGUAACGUACAACCGCCACAUCCAAAACAAGACGAUUGUAACAUGAACGUUUGCGUGGUAUCAUUUUUUUUCUUGUCUCCAAAAUACAUAACAUUGG